CGUAGAACAAUUCAGUGACAGAAACGUCCACAAAUCGUGCGUGGAAGAUGAGAGUAAGUGUCCAUCGGAUUAUGGUGGGGAUGGCUACCAUUGUGGUGAUGGCAAUGUCUGGGAGCGCGGGACAGACUCCUGGGACGCCUGACUUGAAUGAAAAUACACCAUCCGAUCUAACUGCUAAUGAUACGGCCACCUGCAUGACGCAAUGGUUGCGUCAUUCAUUCCCUGAUGAAGCUGAUGAGUCACGAACGCGAUACGAGCGUCUACUGAGGGAAUUUUCUCCACCUGUUGAUCAGCUGACACUGUCUAAAGCUAGUCCGCUGCUGCUGGCUCUUGUAUUCGGCGGAGCGGGAAUGUCGUCCAAAUUUUCCAGAUGCUCAGAUGGUCAGUGUCAGCAUCCGUCUUCAUGCCAACAUGGCGGAACAUGUGUGUACGCUAGUGUUGAUGGUAACACUCCUCAGCUGAAGCAGUACAAGUGUCAAUGUAGACCUGGAUAUGCCGGGCGACAGUGUGAAAAGGUCGUAUCAGCCUGCAUCACACGGCGGCCAUGCAAGCACGGAGCACGUUGCGAGCGGAUCGGAUCACACCGCUUUGUAUGCCAUUGCCCACCAUUCUACUAUGGAAAACAAUGCCAGCAUAGAUUUGGAAUAGAGGAACUCGGAAACAUGACAUCAUCAUUGGCCAAGAUAAGUCAUCGGCUACGCGCUGUUGAGACGAAAUCAGCACAGGCUUCGCAGAGAAAUGCCAACACCAUAACCAGCUUCCUGCAGCGUCUCGAAGCUCACCUUAAUAAAUUUCAGUCCGAGCAACAGGCUGCACAAGGCGAUCUGAACAAAACACUUACAACUCAUGUGCAAAAGCUUUCCGAUCUAACAGCCAAGGACCGCACCUUGGAAGCAAUGUUCACGUCCAAACUCGGUCAACAAGAAACAAAGAUAACAGGUCUAGCUACAGGGCAGCUAACGAUGCAGAGUCAGCUAAACCAAAGAAUGGACAAUGGCCUUGCCUCUCAACGACAGCAACAAACUGCACUGAUGAACAGUCGUCAUUCUCAACUGGAAAGUCGAAUGGAUCAAAAUAUGAAUACCCGGCUUGAACAACUCAAAACUGAACUAAAUCAAAGAAUGGAUGACAAAGACUCGCACCUACAGGCGCAGGUAGUUCUGAGCCUUAUUUCCAAAAUUAUGUAUGACUGGACUGCAGAGUUGCUAUGUUGCAGCACUGGGAUGAUCUCAUAAUCUAACAGUGCUACU